GAUUUUCUGAAAAUAUAAGCAUUGAAUAGAAUCGAAUAAUUAUGGAAUUUGAAAACGGAUUACUGUAUCAAUUGCCUAUUCUGCAUUGUGACGACAUUAUCUACAUCUGACUAUGUGAAAAGUAUCCAUCUUUUAUGACAACGGAUGACAUAACCUAACCUAUGCACUUCAGUAUACUCGUGUAUUAAUAUCCCCACUACUUCAUAAAUAAAUGAAUACUGGUAGCAAGUUGCUGCGGAAAAUUUACAUUAGAAGUUUUGACAUCUUCAAAUUUUUACGUUGCGAGUUUAAGCAUUACUACUAUGACGCUUCAUUUUCAACUUCUCAUAUGUAUGGAUUAGCAAGAAAACAAGUAUUUUUGAGGAAUUUUUGCGAAAGCAUAUCGAUAUCUAAAGCAUUGACAUUGUCUUAUUGCAAUUUUAUGGGAACAAUGGCGAAUUCCACAGCAAAGCAGCCAUUUGGUCAGGCACCAUUGGAACCAUUCGUAGAAACAUAUUAUAAUUCUAGUAACAAUCAUGAAAUUCCAUUUCCAUUUCCAUUAGAGAAUCUAGAAUGUGAAAGUAAUACCCAGCCACUUGGUGUUGGGUCAAACACAUGCAUCAAUCCAACUAUGCUUUUGAAAGAUAAAUACAUGGAAGAUAAACAGAGAUAUGAAGCAAUGAGAUACUGGAAACGAAUAGUGAAAGAGAAGCUGACCUCUAAUUCUGAAGAAUUUUUUGUUCUGAGGGUACUAUCCUUCAACAUAUUGGCACAGUAUCUCCUGGAAACAUAUCCAUUUCUGUACAAGGAACAUGACAAACGGGCACUAUCUUGGAAUAUUAGGAGGCAGCUUCUCUUGCAAGAGAUUUUAGGAACCAAAGCUAAUAUAAUUUGUCUUCAAGAGAUGCAAGAAGACCACCUAAAUGAGUUUUUAGUUCCAUUUAAAGAAUUGGGUUAUGCUUAUUUGUAUAAAAAACGAACAAAUGAGAAGAAAGAUGGUUUGCUUUUUUUGUAUCGUUCCGAUCAGUUUAUUUUACUAGAACACGUAAAGGUUGAGCUUUAUCAGUCAGGCAUAGAACUUUUAAGUAGAGAUAAUGUUGGAAUCGUUGCAAAAUUAGCAGUUAAAGAGAAUCCUGAGACACAGUUGGUAAUUGCCACCACUCAUUUACUUUAUAAUCCAAGAAGAAACGAUGUACGAUUAGGACAGUCACAAUUGCUUCUAGCAGAAAUUGAAAGGAUUGCCUUUUUGGAGAACACACCGAUGGGUUCCAAAUACCUUCCAGUUAUACUGACGGGUGACUUCAAUUUAGAACCGAAUUCUGGGGUAUACCAAUUCAUUACAAAAGGAUCGUUCGAAUAUCAAGGAAAAGGAAGAAAUCUUGAGCCAACAGAAUACCGAACUCUUUCAAAUUCGUUAAUACCCCCUCGUCUUUAUAUUACGGAUAAUUGUCAGCACUUCAACGUUUUGAGGCAUAGAUUGCGUGGAAACGGACCAAGUAGAGUGAUGUUAGAAAAUAGUGAGAAUAUGAAUUUAAAAGGAAAUUCAUCAAAUGCUUCAAGGUAUUCUGAGGUGAAUACAGAUACAACCGAUCGUCAAAUAAUAGAAGUUGUUCCUGAAUAUCGUGUACAGUUCUGCUCUGGUACUUUGACGCAUCCGUUCCAUUUCCAAAGUGUGUACAACCAUCAACAAUUCGAUGGUAGACGGGAGUGUACAACGCAUCAAGAUAACUGGAUCACAGUUGAUUAUAUUUUUUAUAGCGAUUUAACACCCAUCGAGAAAUACAAAUUACCGACAGCUGCAGAAUGCGCCACUUUACCUACGAUACCUAACUUCGCGGUCGGUAGUGAUCAUUUCUGUUUAGGCGCUACCUUUAAGAUAAACAAAAAAAAAGUUUAACAAAGGCGCACAUGUGAUAAAUGUAUAAUAAAACAAAAGUUCUUUACAA